AUGCCUGCUUUAGCGGCAAACUGGGUGCUGCUUUUGGUUGGUGAUUCAUUUUCCUUUAGAGAAAAGUUUAUGGCUUUUCGUGGUCUUGGUAUAAAGAAUGAAAUUGAAACUGCAAGUGGGAAUGAGAAACAUAAACUGAAUGAAGGGGUUUCCACCAUUGAAGUCCCUAGAAGAAGAGAAAUAAAGGUUAAUAUUAGUGGGAUUAAGGGUGUAAGGAAGAAAGAAACAGUUGAAGUAAAGGCAUUGGCCCCCUUUGCUGCCAAAUCUUUUUCUGAGCUUGGGCUCCCGCCAUUAUUAGUUGAGAGGUUAGAGAGGGAAGGCAACGAAGUAUCCACAGAUGUUCAGGCUGCAGCCAUUCCCCCAAUUCUUAAGAAUAACGAUGUUGUGAAUCAAUCCUACACGGGUCCGGGAAAACGUUGGCUUAUCUUCUUCCCAUACUCUCAGAAGUGCGAUCACUUAAGAAGGAUGUUUAGAGACAAGAUGGACAUAGAAGCUGUGAUUGUCUUGGACCUGAAGAUAAGAGAUUGGUGCAACAACUUGGAGAAGAUACGCCAAGCUCUUAAAAGGAAGGGGCUCUUAAAAAGAACAAGCCAUCCAUUAUCAUUGGACACCUGGGCGGAUUGA